GAGUGAUGUUGGAAAGUUUUGAGAAAAGAUAUGUAUGCAGCAUUGGACAGUAAAAAAAUUGGAUCAAUGGGAACUCUUGUGGAGAUUCGGUUUGAUGACUUAUGCUUCUAUGAACGCUGUGGUGGUGGAACUUUUGGUAGUGUUUAUAGAGCACUAUGGCAGUCACAGAACAUGAUAGUAGCUGUUAAACGUUUGCUAGUACUGGAAAAAGAGGCGCAGGUACUCAGUAGUUUGAGUCAUCGCAACAUAAUAAAAUUUUAUGGAGCUGUAAUUCAAGAUCCUAAUUACUGCUUAGUAACAGAAUAUGCACCAAAUGGUUCUCUCUAUUCCUACAUGCAAAAUCCAGAAAAUGCUUUGGAUUUUCGUCAGAUUGUAAAAUGGGCUAUUGAAAUAGCAAGAGGCAUGAAUUAUCUACAUAGAGAAGCACCAGUGAAAGUUAUUCACAGAGACUUAAAAUCCAAAAAUGUUGUAAUUGCUGAAGAUUGGACAUGCAAGCUUUGUGAUUUUGGGGCAUCAAGAUUUAUUGGCAGCACAACAAGAAUGUCUUUGGCUGGAACCUUUCCUUGGAUGGCACCAGAGGUCAUUCAAAGUUUUCCUGUUUCUGAAUCUUGUGACACAUGGUCAUAUGGAGUGGUUCUUUGGGAGUUGCUAACUAAAGAAGUUCCAUUUAAUGGUAUUGAGGGAUUCCAAGUUGCUUGGUUGGUUGUUGAAAAAGGGGAGAGACUCAUGAUACCUAGUACUUGUCCACCAAGCUUUAGAAAGAUGAUGGAACAGUGUUGGCAGCUUGACCCUAAGCUGAGACCAAAUUUCACACAAAUAUUGAUGCUGCUGAAAACAAUGUCUGAAGAUGAAUCCCUUCUUGACUUGACCAACUCCUUCCUGGAUCAUAAAGGUGUAUGGAAGAAAGAAAUUCAAGCAACAUUGGAGCGAUUAAAACGUGCAGAGAAAGAUAUUUGUGACAGGGAACAAGAGCUAAGAGAGAGAGAAUUAAAACUUAAAGAGAGAGAAAGAUCCUUAAAUCAACAGUUCAAUAUAGUGAGGCUGGAGGAUUAUGAUGUAAAUACAUGGAGAGAUGUCGAUGUCUAUCAAUGGGUGAUGCAGUUAAGAAGUUCAGGUCACACAGCAGAUCUUGCACAGUAUGCAGAUUUGUUUCUAAGCAAUCAUAUUACUGGACGUAGAUUGCUGCGCUUGUUAGAGAAAGAUUUAAAGGAGUUGGGCAUUGUCAGUGUUGGUCAUGUCAUGGAUUUUCAGUUGGAGAUUGAAACAUUGAAGACCCACAACUUUAGGCUGCUCAAUUUUCCACCUCUUAUAAAACCAGGGGAACAGAACUCCCAUCCCCAGACAAGAGAGUUUGUUGCAGUCAUGUUGAUAUUUGGACAUCACUUGAGGAAAGGAUCCUCAGCUGAAGAAACCAAAUGGAAAAUGUACUUGGAUUUUGACAUAGAAGAUGACAGUGACAAGACUGCCCUUACCCUUGUCAAAGAAGUCGCAUUCACCUGUAAGAUGCCUGAUUAUGGGACCUAUAAAUUAAAACAGCCACCAUUUAUCAUGAACACCUGGUGUCAAGGUAUUGUGAAAGAAAUGACUAUUGAAUGUGUCAUAACAUAUGAGCCAACUGUUCAUAAACCUCGCAUGACCAGAUUUUUAUAUGAACUAGAUGGAGAAAAUCCAGCAUCCACUCAGAAGUCUUUAGUGCUCACACUUAACAGACUCUUGCCAGAGACAAUAGAGAGUGUUGAGACGGGUCCUCUUACAGCCAGCUCCAUGCCUACCUCCCCCAUCAACAACUCCUCCAUGUCACAGCUACACAAUGUCAGUUUUCCUAGUUUACAAGGUGCCUGGUCCAAGUCUUUCUUUCCUGUGGAGCUACCUCAGACAAAAUCUAUUGCUCAGCCUAAUCUGUGGGCCAACAUAGUGGCAGGGAGGAAGUUAAGUAUCAGCAAGCCCAUACCAGGGACCACCAAUGUUCUCUUCUCUGAGCCUACAUCUUCAUUCUCUCCCAUGAGUCGCAGCAUCAGCCAGACUUCCAAGACUGACCACCCAUCUUUCACUGCAUCACCAUCCCUCACACUUUCUGAGGAGCAGAAAGAGAAGGCAGCUGGCAGUGGCAACCUGACCAAUCAGAAGGUUGUAUUUUCUAUUGGAGAGGGGGAUGAGGCUUCUUGCUCGGGUACAACAAACAGCUCUGAGAGUGGUUUCAGUGAACACGCUAGCAGCCACACAUACGCUGAUGCCUGCCGCACCACACACAGUGAUCAGUCAAAGGUCAAGGGCAAUGACCAAAAUAAAAACCUUUCAGUGUUUACAAAUGCACGGGAGCCAAUACAGGUUAAAUAUUCCGGACAGGAUCCUGCACAGAGUCAGACUUCUCAAAACCGUUCCAAUCAAGAAUACCAAAGAGGGUUUGGCCGAGGCGAAGGUCAAAGGGUAAGAAACUUUAACAACAGAAGAGGUGAUGGUUGGAAAAAUAGUCAAAAUUUUGAAGGGAGAAAAUACCAAGAGGAAAAUACAUUUGUCAACAAUCGCAGCAGUGGUGGGAAACAGAACAACAGGAGAAGAUUCAAGAGACAUGGGGAGGUGGAGCAGCCAUGGGGUGCUCGGGUCAAUCAGUCUGAGAGUGAGCCUGUCCUGCUGAGGCACCAGCACAACAGCCAUUACAGGAGGGCUUUCAGUGGGGGUCACAUGUCACCACUGGGCACAGAGGGGAAGGUUGUGUCCAGAGGUGGGAGAUGGACAGACCAUUCCCAGAUGAGAGGCCAAAACUGUGCUGAAGGGAGGGAGAGGCAUGAUGAUAGUGCAAUUACUGAUGUGACUAAACACAUUGAGCAGGUGAAGUUUGAGGACGAGGACAGUUUUCAUACAGUCAGGUACAAGAGAAACAACAGCAGUGACCAGUUUGUCUAACUGGUAGAAAGAUAUCAGCAGCAACUUUGUCAGGGAUGUGUUGUCCAAGUUUUGUAUAAUCAGUUUGUGAGUAGUGAGCUGUGUAAGCUUUGAGAUGAUGUGUAAGCAGUCAGAUGAUGUGUAAGCAGAUGAUGUGUAAGCAGCCAGAUGAUGUGUAAGCAGAUGAUGUGUAAGCAGUCAGAUGAUGUGCAGUCAGAUGAUGUGUAAGCAGUCAGAUGUCUAAGCAGUGAGAAGACAUGUUUGCAAUGUGUAAGAAGUGAGGUGAAUGAAACACAAAGUAUAUGACCAAUGUCUUAAACAGUAUUGUGUUAUGAUGCAUUGCAAGUUUGAUUGUUUUGAUGUUAUUUUUUGAUGUUAUUUUAGUUGCGCUGUUUUAUGGCUUUUGAUUUUGAUAGCAUGUGUAAGCUGUGCAGCAUAAAUUAAUUUUAUAAAAAAAUCUGUAAUUGUAUAUUUCAAUCAUUGUGAUAUAUUUGAAUGUAUUAUAUCAUACAUUUUUACAACAUUUUCCAUCUUGUCUUUCAUCAACUUUUUUGUGGAUAGGACAUUUUUUCUGUCUUCCCAAAUGAAUUAUGAAAAAGACAAUCCUAUCCUGGAAAUAUUUUUGAUUCUCUCUAUUUUCUGACUGCUUUUAUACAAAAUAUUUAUUUUAGAGAAUGUUUAGUUAUAUUUCCAUGAUUUUAUAUCUUCCUUUAUUGUGAGUUGGUGGCCCAGUUGAAUAGCACAUGUUUCUGAGAAAGUCAGGCAGCUAAAAAUAGAGAACAAUCUGUACUAUGUAUCCCACUAUAGUUUUCUUUGUUCUAUGUCCAAGUCAGUUUUAAUUGAAAUGUUCCCUUUUAAUUGACAUGAUGUUUAGAUGAAUGUUUGUUUGUUGUAUUAAAUAACCAUUGGGUAGUUUUUGUGAACCUCAUUAGCAAGUCUGUGUGGGUGAAGUUACAAAUAGACCUCAGUAGAUAAAAUCACAACUUUUGUCAACUUAAUGGUUUCUUUUUUUCUAGGUUGAAUGUAGGAUACAUGAAAAUUAGAUAACACUUACUUAAUAACUUCUUUAGUAAAAAACCAUUUAGUUUAUUCUUCAAUGUAUCUUUAGCUACAUACAAUACAUGCAACAUUGUAAAGUGGCAAUCGCAUAUUUAAAAAAUACAUUCCAUUUUUUAAUUAUAACUUAGAUACCUAACCAGCUUGAUCUUAGAAGAGCAGUGAGAGUGACUUAUCUGAUUUGCAAAAUUUCUAUCUUGAUCAUUAUUACUUGUUACUUUGUUGACUUAAUAUAUGCAUGAUGGGUUGGCGUGGUCAAAUGGUAAAGCAUAAUACUGCUAGUCGAGUUCAAAUCCGGAUUCCAGUCUGUAGAACGUAUAGCUCUGAUUGGUACCUGACUCAUAUGGAAGGUAAAGGUGACUGGGCAUAGUGCUGACCACACUAUCCCUUUUAUAUGCUGAGGUCACAAAAAAAAGGUGAACUCUACUUUUACUUGCCCCAUGGACCGUAUGGUUAGAGAAACUCUUUGUAAACAUUGCAGCUAAACAUCCCUUCUGAAGUAGCUUGUGAAUGGUUUUACAAGAAGUUAACUAUCUUGUGUAAAUGUAUUCAUGCAAUAUAAUGUCAUGUUGCAUUUUUUGGAAAUGUUGAACAUAUCCUUAACCUCAAACUCAUUUGCUCAAAAAAAAAAUUUAAUGUUUUAAAACAAUGAGUGAUGACAGUGUAAGCA